GAAAAGUUCGUUACACAACACUGCUUAAGUUUAUCAACGUGACUGUGCAAUUAGAAACUCUUUAUAAAGAUGGCUUGCAACGAAUCAAAUAAUAAAUCUAAGAAAAAUUAUGGAAAACUCAACGCAUUCAUUUGUCCCAUCAGGUAUAAAGUGGACUUGCCGGAUCCGGCAAUUGGCUGCAAGUUUCUGCCAUGUGGCAAGACAUUGAUGGACUUUACAACGGAGCCGGUUUCUUUUCCGCAGUUGGAGACACAAUUUAACCAACAACUCAAGGGUCUUCACCUGCUCUUCGACAUCGAUCUGCUUGGCCCAAAAAUGUAUGAGCCUUACGAGGGAGAGCCUGUUGGAAUGGAUCCCCAGGAUGCGGCACUUUUGGCCGACAUCGAGACGUUGCAUGCUAACAAUCCCAAGCCGAAGGCGGUGCACAGUUUCCCGACACGUGCCCAGGAAUGCCGUGAACUAUUCGCCAAGGAGCGUAACACCGUGCCACGCCCCCGUACGGGAUUGCAACAGAUGCAGCCGGAGGAGCCGCAACUGGAGCUGGAAACCCUGAGUCUGGAGCAACAGCGGCAGAUCAUUCAUCAGACAUUUGUGGACAUCGAGAAGCCUCUGGGAUGUCAUCCCACCAGGGCAAACAGCAAUGCACGUCCCGUUGCAGUGUUGCCCAUCUUCCCGAAUCCUUCACAGCCGGAGUUUGUCCAGUUUCAGUUUGGUAUUCCACCAAGCGACAAUAGCUGCGGAUUGCUGAAGGAUUGUGGCCAUUAUUUGAUUAAUUUCAAAGUGAGUUCCGACCAGACAGCCGAUAUGAAUGUUGAGGGACUGCAGACUUUAAUUUCCGAUCAACGCUACAAAGAGGAGCGCACUUCGGAGAAUGUGGAGCGUGGCGAACACAUGAUUCUUCAGGAGAUGGAGGGAAGCUAUUACUACCAGAUGGUCAACAGACACAUCAAACUGCGCAAGGAGCGGCCCAAUCCACAGUCUAAUAACAGCCUUUGUUUGCUGCAAUUGACGUCUGAAAAGGAUAAAGCAGAAUUUACAUUUUAUUAAUUAUAGAAUAAAAUUUAUUAAAAUAAACCCAA